GAGGAGGACAGUGUCAGGAGAAGAAAAGGAAGAGUUUGAAGGAGAGAGAGAGAGAGAGAGAGAGAGAGAGAGAGAAACCGGGGGUGGACCAGCAGUUUCAUCCACGCAGCGUCUUGAGCGCGUGUGUGAGAGGAGACGGUGUUCUGCCACUGCACGGAGCGUCCGCGCGCACAGCUGCACGAACACUUCUGGAAUAUGGAACACUAUGAUGGAGACAACGAUUAUAUGCACCAGGAAGACGACUGGGAUCGAGACCUUCUUUUGGAUCCCGCGUGGGAAAAGCAGCAGAGAAAGACGUUUACAGCUUGGUGUAAUUCCCACCUGAGGAAAGCGGGCACGCAGAUCGAAAACAUUGACGAGGACUUCCGGGAUGGAUUGAAACUUAUGCUGCUGCUGGAGGUCAUCUCAGGUGAACGUUUAGCCAAACCAGAAAGGGGAAAGAUGAGAGUCCACAAGAUCUCCAAUGUCAACAAAGCGCUUAACUUCAUCGCCAGCAAAGGAGUGAAGCUGGUUUCUAUUGGAGCUGAAGAGAUUGUUGAUGGUAAUGCUAAAAUGACCCUGGGAAUGAUCUGGACCAUAAUCCUCCGCUUUGCCAUCCAAGACAUUUCAGUGGAAGAGACAUCUGCCAAAGAGGGCCUCCUGUUGUGGUGCCAGAGGAAGACUGCACCUUAUAAGAAUGUGAACAUCCAAAACUUUCACAUCAGCUGGAAGGAUGGUUUGGGUUUCUGUGCACUCAUUCAUCGACACCGUCCAGAGCUCAUUGACUACGCCAAACUGCGCAAGGAUGACCCCAUGACCAACCUGAACACGGCCUUCGACGUUGCAGAAAAAUACCUGGACAUCCCCAAGAUGUUGGACGCAGAAGAUAUCAUUAGCACCUUGAGGCCAGAUGAGAAGGCUGUCAUGACUUAUGUGUCGUGUUACUACCACGCAUUCUCAGGCAAGCAGAAGGCAGAAACGGCAGCCAACAGGAUCUGCAAAGUGUUGGCCGUCAACCAGGAGAAUGAGCAGCUGAUGGAGGACUAUGAGAAGUUGGCCAGUGAUCUGUUGGAGUGGAUCCGUCGCACCAUACCGUGGCUGGAGAACCGCAUGCCAGAGAACACCAUGCAGGCUAUGCAGCAAAAGCUGGAGGACUUCAGAGAUUACCGCCGCCUCCACAAGCCGCCCAAAGUGCAGGAGAAGUGCCAGCUGGAGAUCAACUUCAACACCCUGCAGACUAAACUGAGGCUCAGCAACAGGCCUGCCUUCAUGCCCUCAGAGGGAAAGAUGGUUUCGGACAUUAAUAAUGCAUGGGGGAAUCUUGAAGGUGCAGAGAAGGGUUAUGAGGAGUGGCUCCUAAAUGAGAUACGUAGGCUGGAAAGACUCGACCACCUGGCGGAGAAGUUCCGUCAGAAAGCAGCCAUCCACGAAGCCUGGACAGAAGGCAAGGAGGACUUGUUGCAGAAACAGGACUAUGAGACGGCUUCUCUGUCACAGAUCAAGGCUUUGCUUAAGAAACAUGAGGCCUUUGAGAGUGACCUGGCUGCUCACCAGGACCGCGUGGAGCAGAUCGCAGCUAUCGCACAGGAGUUAAAUGAACUUGACUACCACGACUCGCCGAGUGUGAAUGCUCGCUGCCAGCGGAUUUGUGACCAAUGGGACACACUGGGGGGACUGACUCAGAAACGCAGUGAAGCUUUGCAGAGAACUGAAAAGCUGCUUGAAACCAUUGACCAGCUUUACCUUGAGUUUGCCAAAAGAGCCGCUCCGUUCAAUAACUGGAUGGAGGGCGCCAUGGAGGACCUGCAGGACACCUUUAUUGUCCACACCAUAGAAGAAAUCCAGGGACUGAGCACAGCUCAUGAGCAAUUCAAGGACACGCUGCCGGAGGCUGACAAAGAGCGCAUGGCCAUCCUUGGUAUCCACAAUGAGAUCGCCAAAAUUGUGCAAACCUAUCACGUGAAUAUAGCGGGCAGCAACCCCUACACCACCAUCACCCCACAGGAGAUAAACACCAAAUGGGAUAAGGUCAGACAGCUGGUGCCGCAGCGUGACCAGGCUCUGAUAGAGGAACACGCCCGGCAGCAGAACAACGAGCGUCUGCGCAGACAGUUUGCAAACCAGGCCAACGUCAUCGGACCCUGGAUCCAGAACAAGAUGGAGGAGAUUGGCCGCAUCUCAAUUGAGAUGCACGGCACGCUGGAGGACCAGCUGACAAACCUACGUCAGUAUGAGAAGAGCAUCAUAAACUACAAGCCAAAGAUCGACCAGCUGGAAGGCGACCACCAGCUCAUUCAGGAAGCACUCAUCUUUGACAACAAACACACCAACUACACCAUGGAGCACAUCCGUGUGGGUUGGGAGCAGCUACUCACCACCAUUGCCCGCACCAUCAAUGAGAUCGAGAACCAGAUCUUGACACGAGACGCCAAAGGCAUCAGCCAGGAACAGCUCAAUGAGUUCCGCGCUUCCUUCAACCACUUCGACAGGGACCACUCGGGCACUCUGGGCGCAGAGGAGUUCAAGGCCUGCCUGAUAAGCCUGGGCUUCGAUAUUGCCAACGAUGCUCAGAAGAGAACAGGAAUCAUGGAUGCUGAAGACUUCAAAACCUGCCUUAUCUCCAUGGGGUACAACCUGGGUGAAAAUGAGUUCUCUCGCAUCAUGAGUAUAGUGGAUCCCAACCGGAUGGGCAUUGUCACCUUCCAGGCCUUCAUCGACUUCAUGUCCCGCGAGACGGCCGACACGGACACUGCUGACCAAGUGAUGGCAUCCUUCAAAGUUCUGGCAGGGGAUAAGAAUUAUAUAUUAGCUGAUGAGUUGCGCAGGGAGCUGCCUCCAGACCAGGCAGACUACUGUAUCGCUCGCAUGGCCCCUUACACCGGGCCCGACGGCGUGCCAGGAGCCCUCGAUUACAUGUCCUUCUCUACUGCUCUGUAUGGAGAGAGCGACCUCUGAACACUGUCAGGUGUCCUGACUUGGGACCACCAGCUGACCUGCUAUAUGAUCACCACCUCAUUUUCUGACUUCCCCGUCACUGCCACCACAUUCUACUGCUCUUAUUUUUUAAAUGUCUCUGGCCUUAUCUGUUUUUUUUUGUUUUUUUUUGUCUUUUCAUCCAGCUUCUCAUUGUUUCAGCCUCAUCACUGCUCCAUCACAUUUUUGUUAAAUUUGCUUCCUGCGCGAUGCAGCAGCUCUCCAGGUUUACCGAGAGGGAGAGAGAAAAUGUUUUUUAUUUUCUUGUUAUUGUUUUUCUUCUUAAAAUGAAUAAAGUUAACAUAUUUUAUUAUACUGAACAAAAAAGGUAUUUUUCUUCACCUGACUGAACAUAAAUCAAAAAUUGUAAUAAAGAAAAUUGCUCUACUC